AUGUCCUCUGAUCCCGAGAAGGUGUCCAUCGACUACGUCGAGCACACCGUCUCGGACGACUCCAACGAGUUGAACGAUGCCCGCAUCGCCAAAUUUACCCUUGAAGAGCAGAGGAAAAUUAUCCGAAAGGUUGAUUGCCGCCUUGUAUUGACUCUCGGUGCUUUGUAUGCCUGCAGUCUCAUGGAUAGAACGAAUUUGGGGGCUGUCAACAUUGCGGGCAUGUCGGAAGGCCUCAAGCUUCAUGGCGAACAAUACAAUUUGAUUGUUCUCAUAUUCUUUAUUCCAUAUGUGCUAUUCCAGCCACCGGCCACUGUUGUGCUUCGGAAAGUAGGGCCACGAAAUUUCUUAACUACCAUCGUGGUGCUUUGGGGAGGUUGUAUGAUUGGCUUUGGUUUCGUCAAGAAAUGGGACCAGAUGCUCGGUCUCCGAAUCAUCCUCGGUGUUCUUGAAGCUGGCUUCUUCCCUGGCUGUGCCUACCUUCUCUCGACCUGGUACACAAGAUAUGAGCUCCAAAAGCGCAAUGCAGUCUUCUAUCUUAUUGGCAGCAUGGCAUCAGCCUGUGGAGGUAUCCUAGCUUAUGGCGUGAUGCAAAUGCAUGGUCUCGGAAACCUGAGCGGCUGGCGAUGGAUCUUUGUUAUCGAAGGCCUUAUAACCUGCGUCCUCGGUAUCGCUGGCUACUUCCUCAUCGUUGACUUCCCCGAACACGCUGCCAAAUCCUUCAAGUUCCUCAACCAACAAGAAGCAGAGUUCAUAGUCGCGCGCAUCGAGCUCGACCGCCACGAUGCCAUACCCGAGCCAUUUUCCAUCAAAUCCUAUCUCUUCAACGCCCUCGACUCCAAGGUCUGGGGCUUUGCCUGCCUCUUCGGCCUCACAACCACCAACACAUACGCUAUAGCCUACUUCCUCCCCGUCAUCCUGCGCCUAGGCAUGGGCUUCGACAUCGCUAAAGCCCAGUGCCUCGUCGCACCCCCCUACGUUGCGGCGGCACUAGUCAUGUACUAUGCGGCCGCGAUUGGCGACAGAUACCACAUGCGUGCGCCCAUCAUUCUUUUCAACGCCAUCCUUGGGCUCAUUGGGCUCCCGCUCCUCGGCUACGCCAAGAACAAUGGCGUCCGCUACUUCGGGGUCUUCCUCGCGACCAUCGCCUGCAAUGCCAACAUCCCCGCCGUGCUGACCUACCAGGCGAACAACAUCCGCGGGCAGUGGAAGCGAGCCCUCUGCUCCGCGACCCUGGUCGGCUUUGGCGGCCUCGGCGGCAUCGUGGGCAGCACUGUGUUCCGAGAUCAGGAUGCACCAAAGUACGGGCCGGGUAUCAUGACGACGAUGAUUAGCAGCGGGCUGGUCAUUGUCAUUACGCUGGCUCUGACGCUCAAGUUCCACCUGGCGAAUCAGAGGGUGGAGAGGGGGGGCAAGGCGAUUGAAGGUCAGGAAGGGUUUCGGUAUACUUUGUAG